AUGGCACGCACAAAACAAUUUGUAAGAAAGAACGCAUAUCCCUGUUCACCAUCUUCAUCAUCCCCAUCAUCUGAUUCAUUUCAACGCUCACCUUCUCCACCACCACCACCACACAUCUCCAAUGAUACCUCAUUUUCUUACUAUCUCUCAUCAUCCCCUGAAACUAACCCUAAUAAUCUUCCUAUCAAUCCCAAUCCCCUAUCCACUGUUCUUCCACCACUAUACACAUGUCCUCCUCCUAAUAUUGCUCAAGUUCCUCCUCAUCUAAGAAAACCUAUGAUACCAAAAAGACGCUCCAUGAGAGUUCAAUCUAACAUUGGAACUUCCAAAGCCAAAAUAGAAAAACCCUUUUACUUCAUAAUCUCCGAUUCUGAGACUGAUGACUCGCCUGAAACUCCUUCUCCCACAACUGUUAAAGAAAAAGCACAACCCAAACCCAUCACUCCUUCAAAAUCUUCAUUCUUUUCUGAACCCUCUCAAUCAACUCCUCCAAAUCAAAAAAGGAGAUUGAUCAAAGAAAUAUUUUCCUCUCUUCCAAAAUCAUCUCAACCUUCAACUCAAUCCAAAAAGACCACGAAAACUAAAACCACCAUGACCAUCGCCCAAUUCAUAUCUCCAUCUCCACAAUGUUCCCCUGUCCCAAAUCAAGAAUGUUCUCCAGUACGUAUCCUUUUGCGCUCUCCACAAAAAGAACAUUCUCCACACCCAAAACGCUCUCCUGCUCAACCAUCACAUCCUCGAGAACAUUCUUCUCCAAAUCAAACACUUUCCCCCUCAACAAAAUCCAAACAUUCUCCCACUACGUCUUCACCCACAUCUAACUCAUAUCAAUCAUCUCGACAUACUAAAAAAUCCAAACCAGACACACUCCCUCUCAUUUCACCAAAAAACUCAAAGAAUUUCAAAGACAAAUGGGCUCAACGCCCUAUUGGAAUAGGAAGAGUUUUUAUCUUUGAUAAACUGAUAAUUGACGGAAAUGAUGUUCAACAUCAUACUGAUGCUCUAGGAUGGACAUCAUUCUUACAAACAUAUGAGUCUUAUUAUCCAGACAUUGUAAGAGCUUUCUACUGCAAUGCCAAAAAUUUCUCUGAUAAAUCCCUUAUCAUCUCCACCAUUAAGGGAAUUGAGAUCAAGUUAACUCCAGACAUCUUGGCUUCCAUCAUUCAACUGCCUACAAAAGGACCUUCUGUUUUUGGAAAUCAAUGGUACUCAGCUAUGAAUCUAAAAGAGACUGAGGUCUUCUCGGAAUUAUUUGAAGAAGGAUCCACAUGUUACCUCUCCACAUAUCUCAAACCCCUUCCAAAGGUCUUCAACAUAAUGAGCCAACAUACUCUCAUUCCUUGCAGUGGAAGUCAUGAGUAUGUUUCUGGCAAUGACGCCUUACUCAUCUAUCACCUCUUCAACUUUAAACGUCUUAAUCUUCCUCAUGUGAUCAUUCAACACACGAUCUAUGCUGCCACGAAAGACUAUAAGAAAAAUAUUGUUCCUUAUGGAAUGAUAUUAACUAAGAUAUUUAGGCAUUUUAGAAUUCCCCUCACCAAUGAAAAAUCACUCAUUAAAAUCUCCAAAUUUUCCACAAAAACCUCUCCCAUAUGUGCAAAACACUAUCUACACAACCAACCACCACUACAUCAUCCUUCCCAACCUCCUUGA